AUGAAUCCUGCUUUUAGUAACUUAGGUGUCAUGUUAGUCAUGAUGCAAGUGUCUCGAAACUUGGAUUUCGAGAACGAAAAGACCAUUUUCUGGGUCAGAACAGCAUACGUAGCAUGUCAAAUUGUUACAAUGGCUAUCUAUUUGGUUACUAAGUUCUUCAUCAACCGUAGAAAUGAUUUGACCACUUUAAAAUAUGUUGAACAAGGUAGUCCAUUUUCUGGUGAAGAACCGAAGGCUGUCGUGAUCACAGUUAAAGAAUAUGAUUUGAAGGAGGUUGAUAAGCAAAUGAAGUCGCUUGUUCAAGGUUUGGCUAUGAUGGGAUUCAUGCACUUGUACAUGAAGUACACUAAUCCAUUAGUUAUGCAAUCUGUUACCACAGUCAAGUCAGCUUUAGAAUCGAACAUCGUUAAGAUUCAUUUGUUUGGCAGCCCAGCUACUGGUGAUUUAAAGAGACCUUUCAAGGCAGCACCUGGUCUUAUGAGUGCGUUUGCAAAUGCACAGAAUUCUCCUUCUGACGAGCAAUCAUUCAAGAAAGCUGAGAUCAGCGGUGCUGGUGGUAUUAAGGAAGAUUAG